GACGACACCCUCUCGUCGGCUCCUUAACCACAAUUUUACGGUAACCUUCUGUGAUAACGUAAUCACUAAAAAUAACCUUUGUCAGUCGCUUUUCUCAUUGAAAUAAAAUUAAUUUAGAUUUAUUCAAAAUAAAUUCAACGCGAUGUCGUUAGCCUCGAAGGCGACUUUUGCCGCUUCUUUGACUGUAAGUGUGGGCAUAAUCGUCUACAUCCACUACAAACAACACUCGGACAGGGAGCAGCUGCGAGGAGGCGUCCUGAGGGAUCUCGAGCUUCAGCAGAUGAAGAAGACCCAAAACAUCUACAUGCUGGAGCAGCAGAACCAUCUUACGUCGCAGUACAAGACGCAGGAUGACGCCGGCGGAGGAUAGCAUUUACAAUAUAACAUCCUGUAAAUAUCUCAAACUAGUGUAAUAAAGGUCUUUUUUUAAGGGUUUA